GAGGAGAGGAGCGCGAAAUUCCCGUCCGCUGGCGGCUGUGCACAGGCGCUCACUGUACACUCUUGUCUUCUGCAACUCACUGUCAGUACUCAUGGCUUCACACGCUCCUUCCACUUCUGCAGUCGACAGCAAAGAAAAGAUGGAUGCCACUGUGCAGGCUUUUAACAUGCUGGCACAAGGCAAGCGAAAUUUGAUAUGUGGGGAAGUGCCUACGGCUGUCACACAGUUUCAAGAAGCAUGCAAGUUGCUUGCAGAACAUUAUGGUGAGAUGGCAAAAGAAUGUGCAGAGGCAUAUUACUGCUAUGGAAGCGCACUGCUCGACUUGGCACGAAUGGAGAAUGGUGUCCUAGGGAAUGCUCUUGAAGGAGUUGAUAUUGAUGCAGAUGAUGGUGCAGAGUCUGAGGCUAACAAGGAAGAGACAGAUGACAAUUUAACAGAAGAUGAGAGGGAGAGUCUUAGAAAACAAGUGUAUGAUGCCAUGGGAGAAGAUGAAGCUAAAAAGACAGAAGAGAAAGAAAUGGAAAAGGGGCAAGAGAUUAAAAAGGAUAAAAAUACAGACCAAGAUUCUGAAGCUGAAGCAAAGUCAGAAAAUAAACAAGAUGCUCAAAAUACAGAUCAAGAUUCUCUUGCUGAAGUGUCAAAGGAAAAGAAGAAAGAUACAAAUAUGGAGACUGAAUCUGUGGAGACCGAUCCAGUUGAAGAGCUGAGCAAAACUAAAGACAAGGAGAAUGAAAACAGUAGCAGUGAAACCCAGACAUUGUCGGCAAAUGGCAACAAGAUGUCUGGUGAAUGUGGUCAAACAGAGCAAGGAACAGCUGAGCAGGUUGCUACAGACAUGAAACCAGAUGAGGCAGAGGUGAGGUCAUCCUCCUCAGAGCCCUCCUUACAGGAUAACAAGCCAGCAGAAACUGACACUGCACAAAAUACUGUUGAUGACAAAACUUGUGCCAGCACAGACAAAGAUAAUGUAGAAGAUCAGAUUGAAACUGCUGGUGGUGACUGCACGCAAAAUGUUAAGGACUCAAAAGCAGAAGAAAGAAAAGCCAUUAAUGAUGCAAAUAGAGAUACCAAUGAGGAGGUGGGUUCCAAGGGGAGACUAAAAACAACCAGCAGAGAUCUUAAGGAAGGCAGUAAAGAGGAGCCGGGGGAUGCAAAAGAUAAGGAAGAAAGCAACAGAAACAGCCAGCAGAUAGAGGAAAUGGAGAUAGAAGUGAAGAAAGAAGAGUGUCUUGAGAAGGUCGCAGAAGGAGGAAAGAAAGAUAAUGAGACAACUUGUGAAGACAAAGAAAAUGAAGAUAAAACCUCAGAAGACAAGGAAAACGAGGAGGAGGAUGUAGAAGAUGAUGGGGAUGAUGAAAAUCAAGCAGAAGAGGCUGAAGGUGAUGAUAUAGAGAAGGAGGAUCCAGAUGAUGUGCCCAACCUCCAACUGGCAUGGGAGAUGCUUGACCUGGCUAAGGUCAUCUAUCUAAAAGACCCCACUGGUGAAAACCAGUUGAAAGCUGCUCAGGCAUAUUUGAAACUAGGGGAGGUCAGCUUGGAGACAGAGAGCUAUGAACAGGCAGUAGAAGAUCUUCAAGCCUGUCUUAAAAUCCAGAAAGACAAUUUAGAGUCAUGUGACCGGGCUAUUGCAGAGACACACUAUCAGCUAGGCUUGGCUUCCCAGCUGAACAAACAAUAUGAUGCUGCCAUCAGCAACUUCCAUGCUGCUGUGAAGUGUCUAGAGAGUAAAAUUGAAAGUCUUAAGGUGGUUGUGGAGACAAAGUCUGCAAAAGGACCAUCGGACUUCAUUGAUCCUGCAGAAAAGGCAGAAAAAGAAAUCAAAGACAUCGAAGAGAUUCUGCCAGAGAUCCGCAACAAAAUUGAAGAUGCACAAGAAGAAAUGAAGAACAUGGAUAGUCUCAAGUCUUUGGCAAAAGAAGCCAUGGGAGAACUGUUUGCUUCAGAAGGGGCUCAGCAAGAGGGAUUUAGCACGUCUUCUGCAAAACAGAUCACAGAGGAGAAAAAGCCUGUCUCUGACAUCAGCCACUUAAUCAGGAAGAAGCGAAAACCUGAGGAUGAAGAGUCUGAAGCUGCUGCUGAAAACAAGAAAAUCCGCCAGGAACGAGGUGGUGGGGAUGCAAAAGGAAGUCCAUGUGAUCAAAAUGGGCAUGAACAGAAGCCUGCAGAGACUACCACCACCACCACAGAGGUGGAGCCCAUGACAACAGGUUGACCUGAUUGAUAGAUGUCCCUGGGAUGAAGACUGUUGAAAAUGAAGAACUGCCUGAAGCCAAAACUCCAUGUGCAUCUGCCCUUGGAUCUGUAAACAGCCGUAUGUGGAGAGUUUCUAAGCUGUGGACAUACCCAUCUUGUCAGUGCCUGACUCAUCCCUCUUGUCUGCUCGUAUGAACGUCAUUGUCUUGUCUUCUACUUAUUUUGGUGAAGUCAUGCACUUUGUUUCUCAGCAUACCUGUCCUGAUGUGGUGCAUCUGUAUAGUGCUUUUUGGCCUCAACUUUAUUCAGCUCAAAAAGAAAAAAAAAUUUUGUCGAUGCUCUUCCUUAAAUAUUUUUUGGCAGCUGAACAGGAUUCAUGAACAGAUCAUUGUGUGGUCAUUGAUGUUCAUUCAUAUUUUUCUCCUGCAUCCACUAACACUUAAAUUUUUUUUAUAUUAUUUGAUUGUUCAGUUUGUAUUGGUGGAUAUAUGCACACCCACAUGUUUUGUCAGGUAAGGUGACCUGUGCAGGAGUGAAAUUUUCACCACUUGUGAACAAGUUGUGUGUUCAAGUAGAGGAAACUUAAAUGUAUGAAUGCUUUUACUUUUAAUGUAACAAAGUUGCUCUUUCUGUGUCUUUUUAAAAUUGCAUUUUUCUUCAAAUUUUUUUGAGGAUGUUUCCAUUUGCCCAAAACACUUUUUUUCUGGCAAGAUUUAUUUUCUCCAUGCUCUGAAAUACAGUAUUACCGUAUUGUCAGCUUUGGGGUUUAUUAUGAAAGUUUUCCAUUAAACAUUUAGUUUCAGGUUGUGAAACAUGGUCUGCAUCAAAUUUCAGCAGUAGGGUGUUCAUAAACAUGCUUCUGAAAUUGCUUUAAGUUUAAAACUUCAUUAAGUGAUGCCCACUGUGUAUCAAAUAAAACACAUUACACUAUUUUGAAAGAGUAUGACUAUCUGUUUGCAAAAUUUGUAGAUGAGAAAUGACAACAUGAAUAUCAUUAUUUGAUAACAUUUUGUGGAAAUUAUUCCUUGUAUUUGACUUUUUGGCAUUUGUAUUAAUUUCUACAAGGCAUGACAUAGUAAGUGAGUAUUAAUUUCAGGAAAUUAGAAGUGAAUUCCUCAGUAUGCUGAUAAUGCUUGCCACAUACCUUUCUAUUAAGUAGAACAUUUCACAUCUUUCAUUGGUUCUGUUGAUUCUAUUAUUUUAUCUUGAGUACUAACCCAAAAGUUUGUUCGAAAGUUAGGUGCUUACUGGAGAAGUAAAGUCCGCUUAGUCAACAGUCAAACUUGCACUGUUUCAUAAGCAAAUAGGCUGCCAUUAAUGGAAUACUAUAACCUUACACAUAAUAAUCACAUUCCUUAACAAUUUUGGAGCCACAUUACAAUUAAUGUUUGUGGAAACCACAUGCCUCCCAUUGCUGCAUGCACAAGAUGUGCCUCGGUGGGAUCCUCGGCCAAGAAUUAAAGAAAACUGAUUUUAAA